UUUUCCCUCUUCAUCCCCACUCUCAACGUGGCUCGAAAUAUCCAAAAUAGCUCUCUCUACAAAGAUUGAUUUUUAGGGAUUGUAAUUAGGGUUUCAAUUCAUUAGAUUUUCAAUCCAAUCCCUGAUAGCUCCAUUUCUAGUGGUUGUUUGUGUCUUCAUCUUCUUUCACAGAUCUUCAAUUGUAGUAUCAAUGCAAGUCAUUUUCUCUCUCUUCCUCAAUCUCUUCGUCCCUUCAAUUCAAAAACGCAAUCAUUCGAUUUCAAAGUCAACUCACACGCAGAGUCCAGACUUCUUCGAUUUAGAAGCCAUUCCACGCACUAAAUCUCAGUGCUGAAUCGUGAUUUUGGUAUCAGGUAUGAUAUUGUGAUUAAGGUUAUUGUUUUGCUGUAUAAUUGUAUCUCCGUGGUUUGUGUUCGUGAAAUCUUGAAAAUGUAUGUGUUUUAAGGCAUUUCAAGGUGGAAAAUUUUGGGGAUAGGGUUAGGGUUUUGUGGAUAUGAUUAGGCAGAUUCUGGGUAAGCUUCCUCGGAAGCCAUCGUCGAAAUCAUCACACAACGAUUCGAACAAUGAUGGGGCGGUUUCAACUAUGAAUUCCUCGACUUGGAAUUCCAUGAAUAGCAGCUCGAAAAGCACUACGGUUUCUGGGAAAGUUUCGAAUUUGGGUUCUGGUGCAGGUCGCUCUAUCAAUGGAACAUAUGCCCCAAACUCAAUGAGUAAAUCAAAUCAAGGGAAGAAAUCGGGUCCCUUGGCUGCUCAAGGUGGUGGACCGGUGUCGAAUAUUGCAACAUAUGAAGCUUUGCCAAGUUUUCGUGAUGUUCCAAACCCAGAAAAGCAGAAUCUUUUCAUUAGGAAGUUGAAAAUGUGUUGUGUUGUCUUUGAUUUUAGUGACCCCUCUAAGAAUAUCAAAGAGAAGGAUAUAAAGCGGCAGACAUUGCUUGAGCUUGUUGAUUAUAUCUCCACUGUAAAUUCAAAGUUCAAUGAGGUCACAAUGCAGGAAAUUACAAAAAUGGUAGCUACCAAUUUAUUCAGAACUUUUCUAUCCACUAAUCAUGAAAGCAAGUCACCUGAUAUGUAUGAUGCAGAAGAAGAGGAACUGGCGACGGAACCAUCGUGGCCUCAUCUUCAGAUUGUGUAUGAAUUUCUACUUAGAUUUGUGGCUUCGUCAGAGACAGAUGCCAAGCUUGCUAAAAGAUAUGUAGACCAUUCGUUUGUGUUGCGUUUGCUGGACCUGUUUGACUCUGAGGAUCAAAGAGAGAGGGAGUACUUGAAGACGAUUCUCCACCGCAUUUAUGGGAAGUUUAUGGUGCAUCGGCCAUACAUUAGGAAAGCCAUCAACAAUAUCUUCUACCGUUUUAUCUUUGAGACAGAGAAGCACAAUGGGAUAGCAGAAUUGCUUGAGAUCUUGGGCAGUAUUAUUAAUGGUUUUGCUUUGCCUUUAAAGGAAGAGCACAAGCUUUUCCUUGUCCGUGCCUUGAUUCCACUUCACAAGCCCAAGUGUGUAGCCAUGUAUCACCAACAACUUUCAUAUUGCAUCACUCAGUUUGUGGAGAAGGAUAUAAAGCUAGCUGACACGGUAAUUCGUGGUCUUUUAAAGUAUUGGCCAUUAACUAACAGUUCAAAGGAGGUGAUGUUCCUCGGUGAGUUGGAAGAAGUUCUAGAAGCCACACAGGCUGCAGAAUUUCAGCGCUGCAUGGUCCCCCUUUUCCGUCAGAUUGGACGCUGCCUCAAUAGCUUACAUUUUCAGGUGGCUGAGCGUGCCUUGUUUCUCUGGAACAACGAUCACAUUGGGAAUUUGAUCACGCAGAACCGUAAAGUAAUACUGCCUAUAAUUUUCCCAGCCUUGGAGAGAAACACACGAAGUCACUGGAACCAAGCUGUUCAGAGCCUGACACUUAAUGUGAGGAAGAUAUUUUCAGAUGCUGACCAAGCACUGUUUGAUGAGUGCCUAGUAAGAUUCCAAGAAGAUGAAAUUAAGGAAAAGGAGGCUCAGGAGAAGCGGGAAUCAACAUGGAAGCGCUUGGAAGAUGUGGCAGCCUCCAAGGCUGUUGUAAGUAAUGAGGCUGUGCUUGUGAAGUUUGUCUCUUCUGUUGCCAUUGCUACCAACACAAAUCUGCGAACAACUGUGGGUAGUUGACAGCAUCAUGCCAUGCAAAUUGGAGAAAUUGCUCUCAUCACAUAUCAAGGAAUACAAAGGUGCAGUUUGGGGAUCAACGAACCCAAAGGAUGAAAAGUUAAGGGAUUGGUGAGCCGCUUCCCUAGGGUUUCAUAAAUGCAGGUUUGCAAGCUGAGAUUAUGAAAUGAAGGUAGAGUUUUGUGCAUAUUAAGGUGGCUCAUUUUACCCAUUUUUUUUUCCUUUGAAGGUUUGGAUGGCUUAUUCCUUCUUUUUUUUUUUCUUGUUGUUAGCCAUGGAUGGAGGUGUAGUGUGUGUUGUAUAUCAUAAGGAAUUUGGUUUAUAGAUGUAGCAUUUCUUUGAUUUCCUACCUGAUUAUAAUAUUUAUUGUGUAAUGAAGCAAAGAGACUGCUUCCUUUGUGCCUUAGUGCUGGCGUCUGUUUGCUUUCA